AUGGAGAACCAAAAGAAUCCAGCAGCAUCCUUCAGUACUUGGGACUAUGUGAUUUUUGCUCUUAUGCUGGUCAUUUCAGCAGCUAUUGGUGUUUAUUAUGCCUUCGCCCAGCACAGAGAGCAGACCUCUAAGGAUUUUUUGGUGGGUGGCCAGAGUAUGACAGCGGUGCCUGUUGCUCUGUCACUGACAGCAAGCUUCAUGUCAGCAGUCACGGUGCUGGCAACUCCUGUGGAGGUGUACAGUAACGGGGCAAUCUUUGUUUUAAGCUGCUUAGGCUUUGUCCUGAUGGUGGCCAUCAGCUCAGAGUUGUUCCUCCCCAUCUUCUACAGGCUGGGAAUAACCAGCACCUAUGAGUACCUGGAAAUGCGGUUCAAUAAAGUGGUUCGGCUGUUUGGUACGGCGAUGUUCAUCAUUCAGACAUUAUUAUACACUGGAGUGGUUAUCUAUGCACCAGCUUUGGCUUUAAACCAAGUGACAGGUAUCAGUCUGUGGGGAGCUUUGAUAUCAACUGGAAUGGUGUGUACCUUCUACUGCACCUUGGGGGGAUUCAAGGCUGUGGUGUGGACUGACGUGUUCCAGAUGAUUAUCAUUUUGGCUGGGUUUUUGGCUGUCAUUAUCCAAUCAGUGCUUCUACGAGGUGGGGUCUCGGUCAUCUUUAAAGAUUCUGCUGACGGUGGUCGACUCAACCUAUGGGACUUUGAUCCCAGCCCCCUGAGGAGACACACAUUCUGGACCAUCACCAUCGGCAGUACAUUUAUCUGGACCAGUAUUUAUGGUAUUAAUCAAGCUCAGGUGCAGAGAUAUGUCUCCUGCAAAACACUUCUUCAUGCCAAAAUGUCUCUGUACAUAAACUUGGUGUCACUCUGGAUCAUUUUGCUGUUUGCAGUAUUUUGUGGUUUGUGUUUGUAUUCAUUUUACAAAAACUGUGACCCAUGGACAGUGAAAAUGGUGACUUCUCAAGAUCAGCUUAUGCCGUUCUUAGUGAUGGACAUCUUUGGGGACUACCCUGGAAUUCCUGGACUGUUUGUAGCAGCUGCAUACAGUGGCACACUGAGCACAGUCUCCUCUAGUGUAAAUGCUCUAGCUACAGUGACAGUUGCAGAUCUGAUAGGACCAUACUUCAGCUUCUCAGAGCGAAAGCUUUCCUGGGCAUCAAAAGGACUGAGUGUUUUCUAUGGACUUGUGUGCAUUGGGAUGGCUGCUCUUGCAUCUGUGAUGGGAGGAUUGUUACAGACAACUAUCAGUGUUCUUGGUUCUCUGGGUGGACCUCUACUUGGCCUCUUCUCUCUAGGGAUCUUGUUUCCCUCAGCUAAUUCCAAAGGAGGUUUGGCCGGACUGAUCAGUGGGCUGCUUGUGUCACUCUGGCUUUGCAUUGGAGCCCAGGUCUACCACCCACUGCCGGAGAACACCAGACCCCUUCCUCUACAGACGCACGGCUGCAACAUCACUUCUCAUGAAUACUACUUUAGGAACUGGACUAGCAACUCAACACAAGCAAGUUAUAUCACUUCAGCUGAGCACUACAAAGCAGUGGAGAGGCCUCUGCUGGCUGAUUAUUGGUACUCACUGUCUUACAUGUAUUUCUGCCCUUUGGGGACUAUAGUUUGCAUAGUUAUUGGGCAGAUUGUGAGUUUUUUCUCAGGCGGUGAAACAUUAAAACUGGAACAAGGUCUGACAUUAACAAAGGAGGAUUUAACCUGCUAUAAGAUCUACACAAUACUAAAGCAAAAGGCCACGGGAAAUGCAGACGGGCUGGACCUGGUUACAAAGAAAAUGAAAUCUGGCAGAGCCAACCUUGCAUUUUGUGAUGUGGAGCUUGAUAUUACAAAAAUUCAGGCACCCAGACUUCUUGCGUAGGACAUUUUUUUAGUUAUCUCUUAACUCCUUUAAAGCAAUGACUUCAUCAUUUCAGCCUAACCACUCAUACUUUCCAUCUCCAGACUCAUGUAGCUGUCAUAAAUCUACCACUGUUCACAAAUGUACCAAAUUUGAUUAUUUGAGAUAUAACAUUUAAUUUUUGUUCUCUUUUUAUGUAGUUAUUGUUGAGAGACAAGGUCAGACAGGAGUCUCCCUGUACUAUGAUGUUUGUGGAUGAUAUUGUGAUUUGUGGUGAGAGUAGC